AUGCUGUCUGACGACGAACUACCAGACAUAGAGUGGCAAAAUGCACCGGAAGAAUCCGAUUCCAGCUUUAAGGCUUCUAUAUCUUACGUCCAAAGCCGAUUUGAUCACAAGCCCAUUCCAGAAGAAUGGAUAACUCAAAUUCCCAGGAGUUUCCAAAAAAAUUCGAAAAACAGAAAAAGCUACAUCUCAUUCGGAUCCAAGGGCACAACUGCCAGUGUUAAUGCGUACGGUCAUAUUAUGCAAAUCUCCCGAUACCUUGGGUACGGCCGAUCUGGCUUCUUUUCCGCUGAUAUUGAAGGAACUAAAAUGCCUUAUCUUGUGGACGCCCGGAAACGUGACCUAAUGGAUCACGUUAAAGACCCAUCCAAAGGUUUCCGAUUGGACCUAAGCGGAGUAUUUGCCGGUUUAGAAGAUUGUGAGCGCUGUACACCAUCCGUGGCGUUUCUCCAUGACUGCUGGCCGCUUUUCAAAACCCAACAGGGACAUGAACACCAGGCAAACCAAGAUCGAAAGGCUUACCAGCUACACCAUCAAAUACAAACAACAAACAAGCCCCACUUCACUAAGUUGUAUAUUCAGUACUUUUGUCACCACGGAACGAUCUUCCAAAGAUAUAACUUGGAGUUCGACGAGGCAGCGAAUUCUGAACCACAACUAGAUAAACUGAGAAUUGAUACACGGAUCUGUAUACGGAACCUAGACUUCGUCCAAGAAACAAAGUUCAAUCACGACAGCGUCAGCAAUCCAGAUUUCAAACCCGGCCCGAAUAAUCGAAGUCUUAUCAUCUAUCGAAGAAUCAGCAGAAGCGUGGCUCAGGAUAUGGGGAUUGACGAGACCGACUACUCCAGCGACGCGGGGCCCAAGUCAGUAGCACUAAUAAUCACACCUUUCGCCAAGGGCAACGCUCAAAGGGUCAAGGAAAGCGGUGAUGACUGGUACAUCGAACUGGACGAGGAUGCAAGAAAAGAAAUCAAGGCUCUUAGAAAGCUCGACAUCACCUUAGCAUACAGGCUGCAGUUGCUUGAGAGAGAUCAGAAAUGGAGAAAUUCCUUUAUAUCAGGAGAGGACAUGGGCUCCAUGAGAGAGGAGAUACUUGAAACCUUACCCUCAACCUUCAAAAAAAUCCUGUUCUCGAGGAAUGAACAGCUCGACUUUACUACCCGGCGCAAUCUAGAACAUAUUCUCUCAGUCUGCAGCGUUCCAGUACUCGAGGCACCAACCUUUGGACACGCGGUUCAGGUUAACGCCAGCCUUGCCGUGGCGUUAACAUGCGGAGACAUAUCAGGUCACCGCAUUGCAUCAAGGGCUAGCUUUUCGGCAUUUAUAUUUCUGCAUUCCAUGCUUGAGUACCUCUCCAACCACAGCAACCAAUCCUUACGAUCAUACCUUAUGGAUACAACCAAAUGUGGCUGCUUGGAUCAUCAGGAACGAUGCAUUGAGUGUAUACAUGUCCAGGGUCACCUCAACACACUUUGUGGGCGAAUCCGGAAUACGCUCAAAGGCCACGUCAAGUGGAUAUACAGUAAGGCGAAAUCUCAUGAGGGCAGCUUCUGUCCACAUUACUGGCCAACUGGAGAAUGUAUUACACAGUGGGGGUAUUUGCCUCCUCUGUCGCUCGUGGAUACACCGAUGCAGCUCCUAAAAGUGUUCUGGUACUAUUCCAAUAUUUUUCGCGAUUAUUCUGAAGAUUAUAAAGAUAUUCAGGUGCAUCUUCAAGAAGGUCUUCGACCCAAGAUCCGACCUUGGAUUUCACGCUUGGACAAAACCAAUGCUCGCGGAACUUAUGCCUUUUCAGUGAAUCCCAAAGAGUUGAGCGAAAAGUUCAAGCUCAUAGAUCAUGUCCUGAUUUGUCUGGCCAUCAAAUGCGUGGAGUUCCUUGGACUCGAAAACGAGAUGGAUCUAACAUCGGACCUAAGCUGCGGAGAGGACCUGGGAUCCCCCUCGAUUUUUAACACUUACUGUUUUGAGGAGGUCAAAAGGAACAUCCUGCAGAGAUUUACAGUACAAGGCCCUAUCACCAAGCGAUGGAUUAUUGUUACCCGCCGAACCCUGAACGAAAGCAGAUUUCUCUUUCACUCCAAGGACACAAUCCUGUUUCAUAUCAUGAAUCUCUACUUCGAGGAAAGUGAAAAGGAACCUCACAAAGGCGAAAAGAAAGCUCACAAAGGCGAAAAGAAAGACCUAAAGGUCGUACACUUCUUUCAAGAAGAAGCGAAGGUGUCGCAGAAGCAACGGAAAGGAUCCCAAGCAGUUGGGAAAGCCUUGAAGUACGUUGAUAGCCGAUGGAAACGCACUGUAGAAGCACAAGCAUACCACGACGAGUAUCAAAACCUCGACUGGGAAAAGCCGCUUUGGUAUGCCUUGACGUUUAUCCUCGGCUGCCAAGGAGUACGAACCAACAAGUUGCCAAUAGAAAGGACCAUGGAACUUACCGCAGGCGCUUUGCUGAGUGGAUGUUCUAUAAAUGGACUAUUUGCUGGCUUACUCGAUGAGGACGAGGAGCCAAUACCGUUCCAAAACGAGAUGUACCAAGAUAACUUCUGGAAUGCGGCAUUUGAGACACCCUACGUACUCUGGACAUAUGGCAGGGAGUUCUUCGAUAACCAGUGGGCUAAAGAACACGGUCAUUGUAACCGAUCAUCUACUGGUUUCGACAACCCUGAUGGUGUCAAAGGAACUCUUCUCGCUUCUAAUACUGGUGAAAGCGCAAUACCGCUCAAAGCCAUGGAAAGGAUCGGCCAAAUAAUUACGAAAAGUGAACCUUUCGUCAACUUUAGCACGCUUGUUGACCCAAGCAGCCUCGUCGAGGUAAUGGACGAUUGGCUGCAAAACAGUCCAGCUGCUCUGAGAUUCGGACUCCGGCCCAGCUUUACGAGACCCUUGAAUGUUGAGCGCAAAGGGCUAGGGAAAAUACUGGACAGAGGACUCCAAUCCUAUGAUAGAUCGGAGCUGCAGAAAUCGGAUACAAGUUGGAGGGGAAUAGUUAUCGACAUUCCUAAAAAGACGAAAGAGAAACGAAAGAAGCAAUGUACUAGCAAUUCUGAAAAAAGCUGCCACCCAGGAUUAGGAUCCCAACCAGUCAAUAACGGUAAGAUAUUAGAAUCCCUGGGUAUACGACGAACGGUGCAGUUUGCCAAGAAACGGAUUGUAUGGCUGCCUCACGGCGAUGAAGUAACAGCGUUACUUUGCUAUUAUGCCUCUCCAGAUGCCGAGAGGGAAAAUAUAUCACACUUCUUCAAGAGACAUGCCAAGCACGAGAAGUAUUUCUUCGACGGAGCCACUGCCAUAUUAAACCAAUGGGAAACAGAGAUCCAUUUAUCAUUCUUCAAGUUAGCAAAAGAAGAAGACGCCCCUAAGAUUCUCCAACGUAUUGAGAGCGGAAUCUCAACUUUAAGCUUUUUGAGGCUUGGAGAAGGAAAAGACAACAGUAGCGAUUUGGGUGAGAAGGCUCUUUUUCUCCGUGCCACAAUGAGCUUCCGAUUCGUUGGAGAUUUUUUUGACCGAUUUUGGACGUGUCACUUCCUGGACCAUGGCCAAGGAGAACCACGAAGCCUCCUGUCUCGACUAUCAGAAUUUCAACAUACGGCCCUUGAGGACCCUAAGAAAAAAGCUUGGCAACAGCGGAAAGUAUUCGAACUGCUUCUGUUAUACGAAAUGCUCGAUGAGAUGCAUAGCAAUACCGAAUACAUAUUUGACUGGGUGAGCAAGCAGGUCCUUAAACCGCCCAAACUGGAGGAUUUUACCAGCAAAAUUGGCAAUGGCCUUAAAACAGUCCGCAUUCCUCAAGACGAACUAGUUUUGGAAGCUUCUCGGCCUCUUAAUUCACUAGCAGAGGCAAUUAGGGGCGGGUAUCAACUUCUCAAGCAAGGCACGAGCGACAAUUAUUACUCAAUCAUUGGUAACUGGCGGCUUUACGGACAGAUCCUCCAAGCACUAGAAGAUGACUUGAGCGAGAAUAUCGAGCGAAUAAGCCAAUGGAAUCGUCGGGAUGAUGACCGAAAAUUGGAAAAACCACGCUGGACAACUAAGGACGAAAAAAAGUACCGCGCAGCAAUUUCGAAAAUGACUGUACUCAACGACAGGCGUAUACGCGAGAUUACACGGCUAAGGGCUAGCAUAAAAGCGUUUCGCGAAUCACUUCCGGAGCGAUUGGAUUCAAUCCGGUCAGACAUUUCUUUUAGGGGCUCGGAAAACACCAAUCUCUUUACUUACGUCACUGUGGUAUUCCUCCCCCUAGGAUUCGCCACUGGGAUUUUCAGCAUGAACAACGCCCCAAGUGGACAUGUGCUGGCUGGAAUGAUCGUGUUAGCACUGGUUGCCUUGGUCAUUACUGUCUUUGCAUUAGCAAAUGCCAAAACGACCGGCAAAACACUCGUUCUGCCGGUUUUCUCGGCUUUCCGCUGCAUCAAAGAUCUUUUUAUGAAUCAGCUUGGACUCAUCAUUCCAAUGGUGAAAAGUGAUUUUCAUCCUUUGUUCUCUAUUAUUCUUUUCACCGUUAGGCUUUUGUUCUCUAUCACCACUUUCAUCUUGAAGGUUACAUUUUAUGUGCUCUACCGAUUUGUCCUAUUUCCAGUAAGAGAUGGCUACAGAAGAAAAAUGGGUGGACAUAAAUAUUGGCUGCAAGACCUUGUGCAAGAAGGCUUAGAAAAUGUUCGGAAAACCAUGUCUACGAUGUUGAAGUUCGAUCCCGUGGAGAAAGCCGAAAAUCAUCACAGACAACAAGUGGAACGCACUCCAACGGCAAACAGCCCGCUCGAAUUCAGUACAAAUGAAAAAGAGGCGGACGGAAUGAGAGGCUUAUUCAGAAGGAGGAGGUCCGGAAAGGGACUAACGGAUGUAGAACGUGGACGAAUACCGAGUGUAACCUUGUCGACUGAGAGAAGGAGGAGCAUUUAAAAACAAUGCUACAAUUAUUUUCAAUAUAAGUUUCGGUAGGAAGACAUUUUGCUAAUAAAGGCGUAUACCUAGAUUCUUUCCGGAGUGGAUAGCCAGUCUUGUAUUUCUCUAGGCGGAGCAUCUAUUAAAAGGUUGGUAAUAUGAGGUCUUAAUGCAUUUUAAUAGCGUGUCCAAAUGAUUUACCUUUUGCAUUAUAAGCGCGAUAGAAUCUCGGUUGGCAAUUUAGAUACA